GUGCUUCACUGCCAUCUGGUGGUCAGUGUGCAGAACAGCAUCUGCAUCCUGUGUGAAAGAUGGCGUCAGGAGUCCUUCAGAGAGUGAGCGGCGGCUUGGGCCGGGCUAAAAGCGGAGCCCACACAGCCGGACAGCUUCUCCUUUGGAACAGAGUGUUUUCCACAUCCGGCAUCAACAGAGAAGACAGUUGGUUCAAAUCGUUAUUUGUCAGGAAAGUUGAUCCUAGAAAGGAUGCACAUUCAACUCUACUGACCAAAAACGAGGAAAGUAACCUCUACAAAAUCCAGUUCCAUAAUGUAAAGCCAGAGUGCCUUGAUGCAUACAACAAGCUCUGUGAGGAUGUUUUGCCCUCCAUCCAUGCUGAUAAGUACUACCCCUGUGAGCUGGUGGGCACCUGGAAUACUUGGUAUGGAGAACAGGACCAGGCUGUUCAUUUGUGGCGUUACCGAGGUGGUUACCCAGCUUUGACUGAGGUGAUGAAUAAGCUACGUCAGAACAAGGAGUUCACAGAGUACAGGAAGGAGCGUGGUAAAAUGCUACUGUCUCGCCGGAACCAGCUUCUGCUGGAAUUCAGUUUCUGGAAUGAACCGGUACCCAGAGAGGGACCCAAUAUCUAUGAGCUCAGGUCAUACCAACUCAGGCCAGGAACCAUGAUUGAGUGGGGCAAUUACUGGGCAAGAGCUAUUGGGUUACGCCAGCACAACAGGGAAGCUGUAGGAGGAUUUUUCUCACAGAUCGGCAACCUUUACAUGGUUCAUCACCUCUGGGCCUACAAAGACCUUCAAUCCAGAGAAGACACAAGGAACGGUGCAUGGCAGGAGGAAGGUUGGCACGAGGUGGUCUAUUAUACAGUCCCUCUUAUCCAGCAUAUGGAUUCCAGGAUUAUGAUCCCCACCAAGGCGUCGCCACUGAAGUGACGAGUCACGUUGUGGCCCCACAUGAACGAGAUCAUCGCUUUAUGACUUAAACAACCCCUUUUUUUCUUUAUAUCAUUGUCAUUUGAGGAUUGGUCAACCCAGUGAACGAUACCGCUUAUAAGCAGUAAGCGCUACAUUUUCAUUGAUUGGCACAGUGGCGUAGCAUAGCAUGGGGUGGAAGGGCUUUAAAAAUCAACAGACAUGAGUAACUAAAUACUGUUUAGUGUCAUAUUUCUAUGACGCCUUAGAGAUAGAGUUGUCAAAAGGUCAUUAAAUCAGCUACGCACUGAAGAGCACCGAGUUUCAAAUCUACCAGUGUGUAUUUGAAAUGUAAACAAAAAAACUGUCUGAUGCUCUCAACUGCUGGUCCUCACUGGACAACACCGUGGAUUUUUAUUUAUUGUCACCUUCAUCGCUAAGACCUCAAUGAUUAUGACUUUCUGUUGCGAAGUAUCAACAUUUGUAACAUAUCAGGAAAAAGUUUAUAUUUGACUGAAAUGUGUUUCUUUUGCUACCCCCCCCUUCACCCCCAGUUUCGUUUUUGAGAUGUUAUAAGAAGUUCUUGUGACAUUUCCUUGUGUAUGUAAAUCUCGUGUGAAUUAAGCAUGCCUUGUUUAACAGUUGUAAUUAUCGUAAUUACGUAAUUAAGCCGAGGUCGCAACUGGAUGUAGGAUUUUUGUCUGAGUUUUUUUUUUGUUUGUUUUAUUUUCAAAUUUUUUUCAUGACUAUGAAGGAGUAAGUUACAUCUGAAAUACCUGAACGUGCACUAAUUACGUAUAUGAGGUGCACGGCACACAUAAAGAGUCUGCAGGUGUGACGUACAAAAAUAUCGACGUUUUGCUGUACAGACGACGUGCAAAGGCAUAUGAAAAGAACAAAAGCGCCUGUACAUUGUGACAUCACAAAGAACCUUUGCAGCCAGUCUACAACUCACACACACUCUGUGCUUUUUCUACCGGUAGGACCAGUUGUGACCAAGGCUUAAGAUAUCAUCGGGGGGGUGUUGAUAAACCACAUCAUGGGCAAUCAUGCCACUACAUAUUGUAAUAUCCAAUUUUUGCCAAAAAAAGAAUGCGCAUGUGUUUUGUUUGCUCAAAUGGGCAAAGAACCACACCUCAGAUUAAAAAGAAGUCCAAGCAACAGUUUUACUGUUUAA